GACAGCGAUCCAAUCCAAUCCAAAUUAUAGCCAUCGAUGGCAGCAACAUGUUUUUUAUUCUAUGGCAGCAAAGCGAAAGCGAUGGUGCUUAUGGUGCUGUGUCGGUUCGUUUGCUUUCUUCACAACCUCCCUAAAGUCACCUUCUCAGCUAUUAAGAUGUGUUCUACUGGCGGGUGGAAAACAUUAUUUUUGGACCCCCAUGUUCCAUCUUCUAUACAAUCAUCGAUGCAGGCAACCUCUCCAACAACUGUGAAGGGUGAGAUACCACAUCAAGGAUACUUCCACCGUGACUGUCAGACUGAUAAACCCUCUAAUGUGAAAACAAAGAACGAGGUUCGUGUCAAUUGGCCAUUUCAAUGCCAUUUGUGCCCUGAGAGCUUCUCGCUGAAGGAAACCCUGAACAAGCACCUGUGCACCCACACAGGUACAAGGACAUUUCAGUGUUCUUCAUGCCCUCGGAGCUUCUGGCAAAAGCAUCGAUGCAGGUGACCUCUCCAACAACUGUGAAGGUUGAGAUACCACAUCAAGGAUACUUCCACCGUGACUGUCAGACUGAUAAACCCUCUAAUGUGAAAACAAAGAACGAGGUUCAUGUCAGUUGGCCAUUUGAAUGCCAUUUGUGCCCUGAAAGCUUCUCGCUGAAGGAAACCCUGAACAAGCACCUGUGCACCCACACAGAUACAAGGACAUUUCGGUGUUCUUCAUGCCCUCGGAGCUUCUGGAGGAGGGUUGAUAUGAUAAGACACCUUCGCACCCACACAGGCGAGAGGCCAUUUCAGUGCCCCUCAUGCCCUCGGAGCUUCUCACAAAGAGUUCAUUUGAAAACACACUUGCGCAUCCACACAGGCGAGAGGCCAUUUCAGUGUCCCUCAUGUCCUUGGAGCUUCAGGCAAACGGGUGAUUUGAAAACACACCUGCGCACACACACAGGCGAGAAGCCACAUCAGUGCUCGUUAUGUCCUCAGAGCUUCUUACAAGGAGAUCAUUUGAAAACACACCUGCGCACUCACACAGGCGAGAGGCCGUUUCAGUGCCCCGCAUGUCCUCAGAGUUUCAGGCAACGGGGUCAUUUGAAAACACACCAGGGCAUCCACACAGGCGAGAGGCCACAUCAGUGCUCGUUAUGUCAUCGGAGGUUCUUACAAAGAGAUCAUUUGAAAACACACCUGCGCACUCACACAGGCGAGAGGCCGUUUCAGUGCCCCUCAUGUCCUCAGAGCUUCAGGCAACGGAGUCAUUUGAAAGCACACCUUCGCAUCCACACAGACGAGAGGCCAUUAUAGACCUUUUUGGGUGCUUGGAGCUGCUCAUAAAAGUAUGUCCUCAAAAACCUCUGCACAUCCACACAGGCAAGAGGCCAUUUGAAUGCUCUGAAUGCCCUCGGAGCUUCUCACAGUGGUCCUCAAUGGAUGAUCACCUGUGCACCAACACAGGUGAGAGGCCAUUUUAGUUCUACUUGUGCCCUCAGACCUUUGUGCGUGAAAGCCACCUCAAAAGGCGCUUGUGCCACCAUAACCGCAACUGACCAUAUCAGUGCUAGUUUUUCUGUAGGGGCCUCUCUGUAAUAGCGUAUUUGGCUUGGUGUUCCAGAAGAUUUUGACAGUACUAAGAAAGUCUAAAGAUAGCGUUAAAACCGUGGUUCUAGUUAUCAUUGUGGUAAAGCAUAACUAUCUUGAGUCACUUUUUUAACCUUCCUGUGGAGUGCUCUGAACUGACCAAUCAAAUGUGCUGUAGGUUGGUUACAAGCUCAAGGAAUACUUGUGUAUCCUUACAUUAGAAUGACCAUACCGCUCCGUCGUCUUCUCCAAGUCCUUUUUGCAAGCCACUCACUGAACACACAUGAACGUUGCACCAUUAUACCACCAAGAAUGCCACCAACCAUGUGAGGUGUAUUUUACAUAUUAAAUGGAGUCUGAACAGGGAAUCUGCACAGAUGUGUGGUAUGGUGCAUGGCAUUCUGGUACAUUAGGAAGUGCAAGUGCUAUUGUUUGCUCUUAGUUAAGAACUGCUAAUUGACGUCGGAGAAUGUGCCACGAUCACCUAGCAGGUUGUUCUAUUAUGCUAAAAAAUCAUGAAACGCAAACCUGGACCUUAGGUGAAACAUGUUUGGAUGAUAACAUCGUAUCUUAGUGAAGUAUAUAUUACGGCAGUUUUGAUGGCACUUGUGUUGGGAAUGAACAGAUUCUGAAUUGGCAAGUUGUUCCAUCUUGUUGAGACAGUAGCUGAGGCCAGCUAUAUAGGUGUUGUAGAGAUGUUUCUUGUAAUGAGCAUCGGCCUAUCACAGCCGCGAUAACCAUGUGAUUUUCUUUAUGUGAUGGCACAAAUGUGCGCACUUUUGUAUGUACAUAUUCUUUCUCAGAAGGGACGAUGCCAAUAGGAGCGUGAGUGAAGAGCUAUAGAUUGGCUGUUGUGUAGGGUUUAAUGACACAAGGUCCAGGCCUGGCCAAAGAGCAUCAAGCAAGUCACUGUGAGUCCUAAUGGAGAAAUGAAAAAUUAUAGGUGCUUAAAAGCUGUUAAGAGGGAGAAGUAGUGCUCAUGUUACUAACGGGUGCCUUGAGCAAUGGCAAUGCAUAAAAAUUUCCAGACUUCUCAGAUUAGGGUGCCAUAAACCACACAGUGACUUUGUUUCUUUUGACAAGCUCUGUGCAUGUAGUAUUGUGACUGGAUGCUGGCCUUGAAAGUUCACUGUUAAAGCACCUAUGUCUUUUAUUUCUUGUAUGUAGAUUAAGUUGCUGGUAGGUGGCUUAUGUUGUGUUUGCUGUCGCACUAUGCUCCAUGGUCAUGAUUUGUAAUAUUACUUUUUGUUAAUGGCUGUACCUCUGUUAAUUUUCGUGCAUAUGUGUGACUGGUGCCUUUAGAGUUCAUGGGUGUGUUCAUAUCAGCUCAACCGGCUAUGUUCAGUGACGACCAACUAUUUUUAAUUUAGAUCAUAAAAUAUAUUAUGUGUCCUGAGUACCAAGAAUAAAUAACCCAAGGUUACCUUUGCGACAAAAGGAUCUGUCUUCAAGAAAAAGAAAUGCAGAAGUGCCCAAUAGGUCGGAAGUGCAUUCAGUGAGUUUUGCCAAAUCCCCAUUUCGGUUAUCUCGGAAACAAAAAUUGUUGUGGGUAUGGCUCUAACAAUAUUUAUUGAUACAGUACGGGCCAGUAACAUUGCAUGAAAAAUUGCACAAUGUUGGCCAAAUUCCAGAUUUUCCUUUCUCCGUAAUUGUAAAGAGCAUUUUUUUCAAAUUUCAUCGUGUGCUUAAAUGUUGUUGAAAGUUGAGCCAAAUAUACUUCCCUGCGUGGCACCACACUGUCGGGAGAAGCCCUCAAGUUUAGGUCUAUGAUUAAAUUAGAAGUACUUUAAAAAUAUUUUUUAAAAAUGCCAUCCUUGAUUUUCUUGGAAAUUUUCCAAAUUAAGUCUUUGUCUUGAAUUAAUGCAAUCUGGAAAAAAUAUCAUGCAUCAUUUCUUUUCUUUCAGAAUUAUAAAGUGAGAAACGCGACCAAAUAAAUGGUAGCACGUUGCUGCGACAUGCAGGGUCUGCGCAUGAUCAUGGUUGGAAGUUCCAUUCUUUCGUGGCACGGAAUUGCUCUAGCAUGGUUCUGAAAGCAAGGAGUGACAAAAUAGAAAAUGUCGGGGUGAAAACACUCGGCACAUUCAUAGACAGGAAUCGCAUAAUAUAUAUAUGUGCGUAGCAACAGAACCGUGGGGCAUUGGCCCUCAGUUUUUGGUGCGUGCUCUUGAUAUCAGGCCUUUAAGAGCAUGUCCUGCUCACAGUUCAUUAGAAACAGAAUGCAGAGUAUCCAAAAACAAUGUUUUUAGUUCUACACUGGUUAGUAACUUGGUCAGCGAGGGAGCUCACAGCAGAACUUGCAGUGAGCCAACACAUUAGGGGGUGCAUUGCAGACAACUGUGGGAAGUUGGUUUGUUUUUCUUGGCACUCAGGCAGCAAAGUAUAUUUUUUCUAUCUAAAUUCGAUAUGGUCACCGGACAUGCCUGACCGAACUUAUCUGGAUUCACCCUGAUGUUGUUUGGUGCACAAUAAGGUGCAAACUUUUGAUUUUAGGGUCAUAUUCUUGUUGCCUCUAGCUCCUAGUACGUGUGCGUAUCCCAGGGGGGGAUGAUGUAGUAUAGUGUCGCCCCCUGUCAGAUGUAUGUGCCAUCGCAUAUGUAUGUUUUGUAGUUGUUGAGCUAGAUGGCGCACCCCCCUUCUGUCAUGUGACGAACAUUGGACCAAUUGGGAGGUGUCAUCUGGCUCGUGAGCCCUUUAUUAGCAAUAAACGGCCAAGCGUGGCCGAGUCUUCGUUCCGGUUUUCAA